AAUUGUUUGAUGGAUCAGAAAAUGUUUUCAGGGAAUUGAAAAAGCUUACCAUGCAAGGAAAUUGUGUUCAACAAUUAUUAAUAUUUAUUCGUGAACUUUUACAACGAAUAUCAAAAGAGCAAGAUCGAAUUCAUGAAAUUAUUGAUAGUUUACGAAAA